CUGUUAGUUUUCCACAUCAAAUUAACACAAACAAAACAUUACAACAUUCUAACACACUAUAUGGUCAAGUCUUGGGAAAAUUUUAGUGUUAAACAAUUUAAAAUAAUAAUAAUAAAAACGAAAAUUUGAAUUGCGCACCCAGUGUAGAUUAAAGGAGUAUAUUGGGAGGGAAAUUGGUAAAAAAAAAUAAAAAUUAAAAAAAGAAGGAAAGAAAGAAAAAACAAAUUAAUUGUAUUUGUAGAACCUUGCUGAUAUUACUAUAAAAAAGUUGAAUUGUUCUCACUAUGUCGCACCUGCGUUUAAGUAAUGUUUGACUCAUGUGAGGCUCCACCCCUCCGAAAAAAGUCCCAUGACGUCACGUCACAUUUACACGGAAGUGAAUUGGGCAACAAAACGCUGAGUGAAAUCUAUAACAAGUAGUGCGUUCCAGUUAAGUACUAUUUUCUGGCAUUCUGUCAUCAUGUUGGGUGGAGGGUUUAAAUCAGAAAGACUAAGAGUCAACCUUCGGCUGGUCAUCAAUCGCCUCAAACUUCUUGAGAAAAAGAAAACUGAGUUAGCUCAAAAGGCAAGGAAGGAGAUCGCUGAUUACCUGUCAUCAGGCAAGGAUGAACGAGCUCGUAUCCGCGUUGAACACAUCAUCAGAGAGGACUACCUUGUUGAAGCCAUGGAGAUCCUGGAGCUGUACUGCGACCUCCUGCUCACUCGCUUUGGCCUCAUUCAGUCCAUGAAGGAGUUAGAUCCAGGUCUACAGGAGGCGGUGUCUACCCUCAUCUGGGCAGCUCCUCGACUUCAGUCGGAGGUUUCUGAACUAAAAAUUGUGUCUGAGCAGCUCUGUGCCAAAUAUAGCAAGGAGUACGGCAAGCUGUGCAGAAAUAACCAGAUCGGCACCGUCAACGAUAGACUGAUGCACAAACUGAGUGUGGAGGCUCCUCCCAAGAUCUUAGUGGAACGCUAUCUGAUAGAGAUUGCCAAGAACUACAAUGUGCCAUAUGAACCUGAUGCCAUGGUUCGGCCCGAGGUGUGUGUUGGAGAGGAGGCAGAUCUCAUUAACGUGGACACUGACAGAAAGUCUGGAGGUGGUGGAGGAGGAGGGGGUUUCUCUGCUCCUCCUGUUCCCAUGCAGAUGCCCAUGCCUAUGCCUAUGCCCAUGCCAACAGCUUUCAACUAUCCACCUCCCAAAGGACCAGAACAUUUUAACCAUGCAGUAGGAACCUAUGGCGGAUUCCAGCCCCCCAUGGGAGCAGGGCCACCUCCCGAAUUGCCCACUUCUCCCCCCACAUAUGAGUCCAUUGAUGAUCUUAACGAAAAGGCUUCUCUUCCUUCUCAGGCCACUGGCCCGCGACCCACACCUCGCCAGUUUGACAACAACGCUUUACCAGAACUCCCCUCUGUUCCCGACACUCUACCCACGUCCUCUUUAGGGGGGAGCACCGCUGCCUCUGACGACAUUGACUUUGACGAUUUGACACGGAGAUUUGAGGAGCUGAAGAAGAAGACCUAAGUGUGUUACAGAUUUGGUCUAAACACACACACAGGCAGACUUGUGUCUUCACAAGCACUCUAUACAUUGAAGGCUUAAAAUCAGACUUGGAUAGUUCUUCACAGCGCUUUAUGGUGAAGUCAUUUUAAAGAUAUUUAAAUGUAAAUGUGUUCUUACCUCAUAUAUCUGACUAAUCUUUACCUUGUUCACCUGUACAUACUUCUACAGUGCCGUCAUUUACUUUUCUAAAUGGCACAUUUAGUCAAAUCUCUCAUUCAAUCACACUGGCUCUGAGCCCUGUUCUUAUGGGUUCUUUAAAAUCUUUGUUUGAUUGCUUCAUAGAUCAUUUAAUCACAUUAACAUUCAAAACUGUUGUUUUCCUGGCAGACAUGGGGGGUUGAGGUGAACAGAUUUGACUUGACAUGCCUUGAUUCUACUUUGCACAUGCUGAUGUCGCUGUGAUCUCCACCAUUGUGACUCUCAGCUCCGUCUCAAACCCGUCAGACAAGCCAGACAAGCCGCCCCAUUAUGAGAAGAAACGUCAAGUUUUCACCUCGCUGAGGCUGCUGUACUCUAACAGGAGUGCAUCAGCAGGGGGUUGGGCAGUUCAUCACUGUGGAACAGAUAUUUACCUGUCGAUCCCCUCUGGCCUCUCAAACAUCAAGGUUGUGUUUAUAAUAUACGGCGUGUACAUGCGACUCCUCCAAAAGCAGCCUGUACAAACUGUAAAGUAAUGUGUAAUACCCAAUUAUAGAUUUAUUUACCUGUGAGGCAGGAAGUUGUCCAACAGUUUAAUACACUCCCAUCUCCAAAAGCAAGUUUUUAGUUCCUCUUUGAAUGUCUAUUCUACCAAAAAGAUGCACUUUCUAACGACACAGUUCAUGUUUAAGCCUCUUAAUGAUCAGAAAAGGCUUUAGGUCGGCCUGGGUCUGAUAUUUUAUGUGCAUCACAGCGUUUGCCUUAGCGAUUGUCUCUCAGUUGAGGACUCUGGAUGGGUUUAAACAUUUGUCAUUGAUCAAGACCGCGUACCUCGAGGUUCACGUUUAUUGCUGGUGGAAAAAGUGAGCGAAAGGGUUUUUGUUUGCGUGAGUUGCCGUAACCUGACCGACCACACCCAGCUCUCCUUGCAUGGGUAGUAAUCAAGCGGAAGCUAUCCUCGAGCAGAAUGACUCGGCAGUUUCUGGGGGCAGCUCUUUUUCAGCUCUUUGCUUUUAGGCUUGAUGUGUCAUGAAAUAUGAAGAGAAUAUUAUCACUACAAUGCUUUGAUUUGGUCUUUCUCUUGUUUUUAAGUUGGACUGUUUAGAUAUCUUUAUGUUUAGAAAAAGCGUCUUUUAAAAAUAACCUGUUUUCUACACUGUAUGCGAUAACAAUUUAAUAAAAAGGCUGUUUGGAACUGGA